GAGCACAGCCACUUCAGACCUGAAUGAUAUUUCCCUAAACAAAAGGAGCUUUCUAGUGUUUCUGUUGCUGCUCACUAGAUUAUACAGGAAAUGACCUAGAGGCCUUACAGAUACAUUUGUGCUUUUGUCGCUCUAAUCUGCAUCCGCAGAGAACAGCGAGAUCUGGAAGCACACUUGUUUCCGCGGUGAGUAAUAUCUACCUCAGCCAGCAGACAGGGGAGAAACCAGGAAGCUGCUGGAGACUUCAUACAGGCAGACCGAGCUAUCAGCUGGCCGCUUGCUCACUGCCUGCCGAGUCCUGCUUUAUGAAGAGGAUUUGUGACGGACUGGAUCUGUCUGCCCUUCGCCUCCCACUGCUCCUCUGCCAGCCACUGCAAAAGACAACACGAAGCCACAUUCUCUGAUUCCAGCAGUUACGUGCUUCUUCUUCUUCUUCUUCUUCUUCGUCUUCUUCUUUUUUUAAUAGUCAUUGUCCCUCUGUGCUGUUGACCAGUGUCAUUUUCCUUGGAUUCAGUUUUGCUUUUAAAAGGGUUUUUCUACUUUUACCAUUGCAGACUGGUAUAGGUUUAUAUAUCUAUAUAUAUAUCUAUAUAUAUAUGUAUAUACUCUAUAUACUGUAUGAAGAAGGAUUUUUUUUUUCCCAUUCUGAAGGAAAGUAAGAGCACUUUAAAACUUGGCUGUAGUACUUUUCCUCCUCUAUUAUGAUCAUUUUGUUUGAAGCUGAAAACAGAGAAUCUGGGGGUGUGUCUUUGUUGUUUUUUAAGCUGGCUAUGACGUAUCUGCAGCAGGGCUGCAUGUAAGCAUUUUACUCAGCCUGCCAGUUUUGAUCACCCUCUCGGCCUCACCCACUUCUGUGUUGCCCUUCUACAAGGCACACUGAGAUGAGUCUCUGGCAGGUGGAAUCCUUGAGCUGUCUUUCUAUUUAACUUGAACAGUUUCAGGACUGUUGGAUUUGGUGUUUUUGUAAAAAGGACAAGAGCACUUUGCGGGGAAGAACAAACUACAAACAGGAGCUUCCGGUGCUGCUGCACCACCUAUGUAUUGUUGUAGUGCGCAGGAAAGUAAAAUGGACUACAAGCGUCGCUUUUUGCUCGGCGGGUCCAAGCAGAAAGUGCAACAGCACCAGCAGUACCAGAUGCCUGAGCUGAGCCGGACCCUGAGCGCCUCUCUGGCCUCCUCUUGCUCUGCCUCUUCGCCCAUGGGCACUGGGGUGGGCAUGCCUGGCAGCUGCCACCCACCUCCUUCUGGCGCCACCACCGCUGUUGCCGACAUCCAGCAAGGCAUCUCCAAAUAUUUGGAUGCCCUCAACGUGUUCUGCCGGGCCAGCGCCUUCCUCACAGACCUGUUCAGCAGUGUGUUCAGGAACUCUCACUAUUCCAAAGCAGCUAUGCAACUGAAGGACGUGCAGGAACACGUCAUGGAGGCGGCCAGCAGGCUGACUGCAGCAAUAAAGCCUGAAAUCGCCAAGAUGCUGAUGGAGCUGAGCGCUGGGGCUGCCAACUUUAAAGACCAGAACGACUUCAGCCUGCAGGAUGUUGAGGUACUGGGUCGGUGCUUCCUCACGGUGAUGCAGGUCCAUUUCCAGUUUCUAUCACAGGCUUUGCAGAAGGUCCAGCCCGUGGCUCAGUCCUGCCUGGCUGAGGCUCUCGCCCAGGCCCAGGAGCGCUGUGCCAACGCCCGCUCCCAAAGCUCUGACCUCGGGCCCCUCACAGAGCUAGAGGAAGCCUCCCGCUCAUGGAAAGGUGCAGCUGAGGCCACGGCGAGGCUGAGGGAGAGGGGCAGGGAUGGCUGCCUGGCAGGCAUCCAGGUUCAGCAGCUCUUUUGCUCCAACAACACCACCAUCCCCGAGCACCAGCUGAAGGAGCUCAACAUGAAGAUUGACAGUGCUUUACAGGCCUAUAAAGCAGCAUUAGAGAGCCUGGGCCAUAGUGAGUACGCACUGAAGGCAGGCUUUCAUCUCAACCCCAAAGCUGUGGAGGCAGCCUUACAGAGCUGUUGCAGUGAAGCGGAGGCUCAGCAGGCAGGCAGGAUGCAGACCACCUCCCAGCCCAUUCAGUGCGAGCUGCCAACCAUCCCUGUGCAGAUCGGCUCACAUUUUCUCAAAGGAGUGUCCUUCAACGAGUCAGCCGCUGAAAACCUCAAGCUGAAAACGCACACGAUGCUGCAGCUCAUUAAGGAGGCGCUGGGCCAGAACGGCGUGACCCCCAGGGACGACUCCCCCGUCACUGAGGUCCUCAACCAAGUUUGCCCAUCCAGUUGGAGAGGAGCCUGCAAGACAGCUGUCCAGCUGCUGUUUGCCCAGGCUGGACUGGUGGUUGUUGAUACAGCUCAGAUUGAGAACAAAGAGGCCUAUGCUCCCCAGAUCACUCUGGAAGGAUCCAAGGUGGUGGUCCAGGUCCCCUCUACAUGGUGUCUCAAGGAGGACCCAGCCACUAUGUCCUUGCUCCAGCGCAGCUUAGACCCAGAGAAGACGCUUGGUUUGGUGGAUGUACUUUACACAGCAGUGUUUGACAUCAACAGGUGGAAGGAGAGAAAGGAGCAGGCCUUGCCCACUAUUCAGAUACAGCUGCAGCGGGAGAGCCCAGACUACGGCAGCCCGACAGAUUUGCCUCCAGGUACCAGCUCCAAGACUUCCAGUGGAUUGCCCAAAACAAUAUCCAAGCUGACUUCCAAGUUCACCAAGAAGGUUUCAUCCAGCUCAAACAGUGGGGGUAGUUACUCCAUUCCUAGUACCCCGUCUCGCAGCAUGCUGUCAACCAGUAGCUCUGAGGACAAGGCCAAGGGCCUGGGCCACAGUGACGGGAGGCUACAGAGCAUCCUGCAGAUGGGCAGUCUGUCUUGUGCCCCUGACUCUACCCAGCAAAACCAGCUGGCCAACGGCUCGGUGGCUGAAGACCAGGGGAUGAACCUGCCCACUGACCAAGAGAUGCAGGAUGUCAUUGACUUUCUCUCAGGAUUCAACAUGGGCAAGUCCCAGCAGGCUUCACCCCUGGUCAAGAGGAGGAACUCUGUGGCGUCUGCCAACCCCGCUGAACUGAAACCACCGAGCGGUCCUCCGCCAGCCUCCCAGUCGAUCUCUCACGGUGCCCUACAGCCCCCAGCUCAGACCCUGCCUCAGCCCCAGCCUCAACCUGCACCAUCAGUGCAGAAGCAGCAGCCUCAGCCUCAACCGCAGCCACCUCCCCCGCAGCAACAACAGCCCCAGCAGCAGCAGCAGCAGCAGCAACAGCAGCCCCCUCCUCCACCUCAGCAGCCCUCCCCACAAGCCCUGCAGUACUACCAGCACCUCCUGCAGCCCAUCACUCAGCAGCAGGCGCCUCCUCCUCAGCUUCCUCCCCAGCAGACUCCACCCCAGGUCCUGCCAGGGCAAAGAGUGUCAAGCAAGUGGCUAGGCACCUCCGGGCAACAGCCUCCACCGCAAGGCCCCCCAGCAGGGCUGUCACCCCUGGGUCCCAUCGGGCAGUGGGGCUCACCCGGACUGCCGGACCUGAGCUCGGACCUGUACAGUCUGGGUCUGGUCAGCACCUACAUGGACAGUGUCAUGUCAGAGAUGCUGGGUCAGAAGCCACAGGGGCCCCGCAACAAUACUUGGCCUAACAGGGACCAGAGUGAGGGAGUGUUUGGAGUCCUGGGGGACACACUGCCCUUCGACCCAGCAGUUGGCUCGGAUCCAGAGUUUGCACGUUACGUUGCCGGCGUCAGUCAGGCCAUGCAGCAGAAACGGCAGGUGCAGCACAUCCGUCGGCCCAGCAACACGCGCAGCAACUGGCCAAUGCCUGAUGAGCAACACAGGACCUGGUCCCACCCAGAGUACUACAGUGAGGGUGAGACCGUAAACAGCAGCUGGUCAGCCAAUCAGGGGGACUCAGCCAGCUCCAGCGAUGAGACAUCUUCAGCCAACGGUGACAGCCUGUUCUCCAUGUUUUCAGGGCCGGACCUUGUAGCGGCGGUUAAACAAAGGAGAAAACAUAGCUGCGGGGAGCCGGAGGUGUGCACCCUGCCUUCACCACCGCUCCAUCACAUUGGAGAUGAUAACCAGGACAGCAAAACUAAAACCUGGCCUCCCAAAGCACCGUGGCAGCACUCCACCCACACCAACACCAUGCCCAAUCCCAGCUCUUCCUUGUACCAGAUGAACAUCCCUCCUUCCUCGCAGUGGAGCGACUCCAUGCAAAUGCUGCAGUCUCCUGUGUGGUCCACUGCCAGCGACUGCUCCCCCUCCACCGGCAUCUCUUCCGGUUUUCCCUUCACCCAGCAGCAGCAGCAGCAACAGCAGCAGCAGCAACAACAACAACAGCAACAGCAGCAACAUAAACCCAUGACCAAGGGCUUUAAAUCCUUCCCCCUCAAACACGAGCACAGGCCCUCCUACCUUCACCAGUACUGACCGCGGUGUAACGUCGGAACGAGUCCACGGUGAAGUGCCACGGAGGACCUGCAGCUCUGUUACAUGAGCCACUGAGUGGGCCGAGCUGCAGCCAUUUACAGUCCACACCCACUGAAUUGGAAGAUUUCAAAGCCCCCCGAGGCAACGUUAAGUACACACACUGGCUCGACAUUUUUGUAUCUAUAUUUUUCCAUGUCAAACAUCCCCAUUUGAAAAAAAAAAAAGAGAUGUAUUUUGAAGUUUUUUGAACUGCCAUGUUUUAACUAUGAACGGUGCAUGUGUCAUGCUGGCAGCAGUUAGUCUAGUGGUCGUUUCUCUGUCUGUUGAGCUGACGUUUCCUCAGACAAGAGCUGGAGACGCGCACGGCCGUCACCCACUUGCUUCUGCAGCUGAACGUGUGUGUAUGUGUGUGUGUGCGUGCGUGUGUGUGUGUGCGUGUAAAGGAGGGGAUUACAAGGGGGCAGGGGCUUGAAAUGCUCUCAUUUUGCCCAUAAUAAAUAUACUGUGUCUACAUAGCUGUAACUGCCAAAUCUCAUGCAAGAUGACUCAGAAUACAGCUACCAUCUACUGUUUCAUAGCUUGUAAAAUACUGAAGUUGAAAUAUAAAUAUUUAGUUCUUUUUAUUAAGAGGCUUUGAGCAGGCUCAGCAUAAAUAUAGUAAGUCACUGCAGAGGUGUAAUUUGAGAGAAAUACACUACUUUUUUCAACAACUGACCAGAGUUAAGAAUUAUAGCAGUAACUAUGUGCCAUGUUGGUAUUGAUAGCACUUGCAGAAUAUUAUUUCCAACCAAAGCGUUGUUCAGAAGAUGAAUGGUGCUGACGAGACGAGAGGCGGUCCGAGAUUACUGACUAAACGUGAAGUUGAACCCCCUAUUUGAUGCGAGCAUUAGGGAACAUCUUCAUUUCCUCCUCUCUAAUUGGCGGUUGUUUGCUCCAGAUUGACACUAACUCCCAUAAACCUAAUGUUUCUUCUGUUUAAUAAUACAAUAUUUUUCGUGUACAAUUAUUGACAGUAUUAAUCUUAUUUUUGUAUUUUCUUACAUGUUAUACCAUUACUGUAUGUUAGUAUUCUUGUAGACAUAUUACAUAAAAAAAACAAACAUUAUUUUCCACCUCCCAAUAUGUGAAAAAGCACAUUUUUUUCCUACAGAGUUGAACUACACCAUCUAUCUAUAAAGGUUACCAAAUAUGCCAUGCUAAACACUAAAACAUGUUCGAUGAGGGUGUUUUUUCGAGCCCUUGUUUCUUCGGUUUCUAUGGCAAUGGGCUGUAUUUAAAAGCCCAGAAUGUUAUCUUUUUGUGAUGUUUGCGGAUGCCAAUGUUGCCUGUAUUUAAGAAAUGACACCAUGUUUUCAGAAAACUAACAUACUUAACAUGUUUACAGAGAAUUGUUUGCUGUAUAUACAUAUAAAUAUAUAUCUUUUUAUAGUUAAUGUGCUUUGCACAAUCAAGAUAUAGAGUUUGUUGCUUUUUGUCUGUGUUAUCUCCCUAACUGUUGCAGCCUUUUUUAAGACAUCAUUACAGACCUUGGACUGUAACUGUUAGCUUCUCAGCUGUGUCAAAUGGUUUACUAGUGGCUUCUACAAAAGAUUAAAAAAAAAGUAAUAAUAAAAACAUGUUGCCCUGAUAGAAGAUAUGAAGGGGGACUGCUUGGCUUAUGUUGCUUAUUGUUUUCUUGACCUGGCAACUGAAUCUUUCCAAGUGUACCAGCAAUGCAAAAAAUGAAUAAAAAUGACUAGCAGUUCGAAACGC